AUGUCUCAAACCAGUCCAGUCUCUGCUUCCUUUUAUGUAUUUAUGCCUACCUCAGCUGUCCGUCUAGGAAUACCGGGUCUAGCACACACACGUCUUGCGGCCACCACCGGCGACAAGUUGUCGGAAACAACGAGGCCCUGUUCGGUUGAAUUCCAUGCUUUCUUCCUGAAGACUCGAGCCAUCAAUGGCAAAGAGUCUAAUUUGUGGGAUCCGUGGGGGAAAUCCGAAUCAUCAUCCUGUUGCCUGGAUGAUGGGUCAGGCGGAUCAUGGAUGUAUGGAGGAGCUGCGAGCUUUCAGAAUCAGGUCCACCAAACCAUCUCCAAUCCCGAUCUAUCCUUUGGUAUCGCUAUCGUGGCAAUGUCAUCAAUCUGCAUUGGCAUUCGAUCCCUUCAUCUUCUUCUGGAUCACGCUGUUUUCAAGAGCCGGAUGGCGCGGUCAUCAGGUUUUUCGUUCGUGAUUGUGGCAAAAUUCUCGGGUCUGGAUGCUGUCGAGUUCCUCAUGAUCUACCCGAUGACUCCGGCCGAGAGAUGCAUAGGCCGCCGCGAAGCGCCCCCUGUGACCCGCGCAACAGGUCCCGUCGGAACCGAGAACUCUCAUGUUUGA